AUGUACAAUGGUGAGUGUUAUUUAUGUUCAGAUAAUUGUAUGAAUUGUAUAUGGUCAAAUAUUUGUAGCUCUUGUGACUAUGGGAAAGUAUUGAGAAAUGGAAAGUGUAUACCAUUAGAAGCUGUUGUUAAUUGUAUAGAAACAUCAAAUGGUAAAUGCUCUAAAUGUUCAUUAAAUUAUAAACCAACCAAACUUGGAGAUUAUUGUGAAUUUCACUUAAAUGUUUUAAUUGUUAUUCUUCCAAUUAUUGGAUUUAUUAUUAUUUUAAUUGUCAUUCUUUGUAUGGCUAUUAUUCUCAUUAAUUCUAUUACUAGAUACACUGCAAAUAAACAACGAGAAAAAGAAUUUACUUCAUUCAAAAUGUCUAGUUCAUCAAUUCAUUUUGUUCCAUUAUCAAAUGGAAGCUGUUUGACAACAAGUAUGAGCGAAAUAAACUUUACUGAAAAUAAUGUAAUUCCUGUAGGACAAGAAACUAAAACAUUAUUAUGUAUUGGAAAUACAAAUAAAGCUAUAAUGAAAGUACAAAUUACUAAUAAAACUGAUUGUGAAAGUAAAUAUGGAAUAAGAAGUGAGCCACAACUUGCUUUUAUAAAACCAGGAAAUGCAGUAGAGUUUAAUUUAUUUGUCAAGCCAUAUUGUACUUGUAAAGUUGAUGAUCCUAUUCUUAUUGUUUCUUCAGAUGUUAAAAAGAGUAAAGAAAAAACGUAUCAACUUCAUGUAAUAUUUGAAACAGAAUUAACAUCACUAUUAGAUUAUGAUGAACUUAAAAUUGAUAAAAAACUUGGAGAAGGUGCAUUUGGCAUUGUUUUUAAAGGAGAACUGAGAGGAAAUAAAGUAGCAAUUAAACAAAUGAAGAAUAUGGCAGGUGAUAGUGAAACAAUUGAAGAAUUUGAGAAAGAAGUGAUGAUGUUAGAUAAGUUUAGAAGUGACUAUAUCAUUCAUUUUUAUGGAGCAGUAUUUAUUCCAAAUAAAUAUUGCAUGGUAACUGAAUAUGCAGAAUAUGGAUCAAUACAAGAUUCAAUUCAUAAAUAUUCCAAAGACAAAAAACCUGGACAUAAAUUAAGAAUAAAAUUUAUGAUAGAUGCUGCAAAAGGAAUUGAGUAUCUUCAUUCAAAUGGAAUAUUACAUCGAGAUAUUAAACCAGAUAAUAUUCUUAUUGUAUCAGUUAAUCCUAAUACUUUAGUUAACGCUAAACUUACAGACUUUGGGUCAUCAAGAAAUGUUAAUAUGAUGAUGACAAAUAUGACAUUCACAAAAGGAGUUGGAACACCAAUGUAUAUGGCACCUGAAGUUCUGGAUCAAAAGAAAUAUAAAAUGCCAUCAGAUAUCUUUUCAUUUGGAGUUAGUUUAUUUGAAGCAUAUAUAUGGAAUACUCCAUAUCCUAUUGAAAAGUUUAAAUAUCCAUGGGAUAUAGCACAAUUUAUUGGUUCUGGUAAACGAUUAGAAAAGCCAAAUAAAUGCCAGAGUGGAUUUAUUACAUAA